GUCCCUGGGCAAGACACUUCACCCAGUGGUCACUCUCUGGCCAACCCCACACCUGACAAUUUAGACAAAUGCGUGCAGAACCUUAGUUCAGCCUAACCGUCGUUUCCACUUGGACGCAUUUCACUGCAACACACAACUAUCCGUAUGGAGGAGCUGUCAAUUAAACCACGUCUUGCAUGAACUGCAAGCGUGACUUUUACUGUCAGCGAGGGGGAACCCACGCGUGGACGGCUGACGUCACACAGGACCCUCUCCUUCGUCUUCGUAUUUGGAGGAUAGUGGGGGAGUCACGAGGGACACCAUGGGAUUCUACGGCACUUUGAAGCUCAUCUUCUUCAAGAUGAAGAGGAAGCUGGAUCACGGCCCGGAUGGCCGAACCUUCUCCUCCGGCAAGAAACAUUGCAAAGGCAACGGCUACUUCAGUCCUUCCAGUCUGGUUCAGGCCACGCCCACCACAUUCGGGGACCUCCGGCUGGCCAACGGGCAUUCUGCCCAGCGGCGGCGUGUUACCUCAGGCCCACCCCCCUUUGGCCUGCAGGAUUGGCUUCAAAUGUUUCAGACGUGGAGUGGUCCUGAGAGGCUGCUGGCUCUGGAUGAGUUGAUUGACAGGUGUGAAACGGGCCAGGUGAAGCACAUGAUGCAGGUUAUUGAGCCACAGUUCCAGAGAGACUUCAUAUCCCUGCUGCCAAAAGAGCUGGCCCUGUAUGUGCUGAGCUUCCUGGCUCCCAGAGACCUGCUGCAGGCUGCCCAGACCUGCAGGUACUGGAGAAUCCUAGCUGAGGACAACUUGCUCUGGAGGGAGAAGUGUCACGAGGAAGGUAUAUCGGAGCGCUCGUCCCCUCGCCGCUGGAAGUGUGCGAUGCCCGGUGCAACUGUCAGCGUGUGGAAGUCGACCUAUAUCCGACAACACCGCAUUGAGAACAACUGGAGGAAGGGGGGCAUGCGGGAGGCAAAGCAGGUGUUGAAAGGUCACGAUGACCACGUGAUCACCUGCCUACAGUUCAGCGACGACCUCAUUGUCAGCGGCUCGGAUGACAACACGCUCAAAGUGUGGUCAGCUGUCACCGGCAAGUGUUUGCGUACGUUGACGGGUCACACGGGCGGCGUAUGGUGCAGUCAGAUGGCACUCGCCACAGUGAUCAGCGGCUCCACCGACCGGACGCUACGGGUGUGGAACGCUGAGAGCGGGGAGUGCAUCCACACGCUCUAUGGACACACAUCCACCGUGCGCUGCAUGCAUCUGCACGGCAACCGGGUUGUGUCAGGCUCCCGGGACACAAUGCUGCGUGUGUGGGACGUGUCGACGGGCCGCUGCGAGCAUGUGCUGACGGGCCACGUGGCAGCAGUGCGAUGCGUCCAGUACAACGGGCGACGUGUGGUCUCUGGCGGCUACGACUACAUGGUGAAGGUGUGGGACCCCGAGACGGAGAUAUGUCUGUUCAAUCUACAGGGGCACACCAACCGAGUGUAUUCACUGCAGUUCGAUGGUGUCUUUGUGGUGAGCGGCUCUUUAGACACAUCCAUCCGAGUGUGGGAUGCAACGACGGGUGCUUGUGUCCACACGCUAACAGGCCACCAGUCGCUGACCAGUGGCAUGGAGCUACGUGACCACAUCCUGGUGUCCGGGAACGCUGACUCCACUGUGCGUGUUUGGGACAUCCGAACAGGACAGUGUCUCCACACACUGCAAGGGCCCAACAAGCACCAGUCAGCGGUGACGUGCUUGCAGUUCUGCAGAGGUCUGGUUCUGUCUAGCUCGGAUGAUGGGACGGUCAAACUGUGGGACCUCCGGACCGGCGCCUGGCUGCGGGAUGUGGUGGCAUUACAGAGUCGUAGAUCAGGUGGUGUGGUGUGGCGCAUCAAAGCCUCUGACACGCGGCUGGUCUGCGCUGCUGGCAGCAGGAACGGGACAGAGGGUACCAAACUGCUGGUGCUGGACUUCGACUUGGACGACCGACAGAUAGACAAGAAGAGACAGACCGAACCAGACAAGGACAAUGGGAAAGAAAAUUGUAUUUUCUAAAUACUGAUGUGUUUCACGAACAGUUGGAGUGGCAACAAACGUGAAGGUGGCUGUUUGAUAAAGCUAAACAUUGCCAUGACAACAAGUGAAUGUUGCGAGGAUGAAUGUAGCAAGAAGAGGCUGGACGUAUUGCUGCUCGCCAAUGAGGUACUCAACACACAUCCAUGGACACCAACUCAUCAGUGUUGCCACAGCAACAGACCGCAUAUUGCAUCAGUGUUGUCCGGUGUAUUUGGAUGGAUAUGGGUAUGAAAUCAGUGGACAAGAUCAUUUGGGAUCAUUUCCCUCCAUCGGUAUGUAAUCAACUUAUUUUUCCACAUACCGUAUAUGGCCAAAAUGUGUGUUUUCUAUCUAUUGCAAACUCUUACUUGGUGUUUUUUUUCCCAAUAAUUACUGACUGAUGCCUGCUGACCAAUGGGACUUGUGAUGUUAUGGGAAUUAAUUAUCUCUAAAUAAUAAACACCACAAGGCCGGAUAUCAUCUACAAACCAAAUAGUUUUAACAAGAGAAUAGGAUCGAUAGUUAAAAACAAUUCCCCCCCUGCCAGAUAUGAAGCUGAUGGGAUGUGUUGCCAAGCAACACCUACAGCCAAUGAGGGGAUGUCUGGUGGUGUUCACCCUAGCAACAAGUGCUAGCUGCACACGUUUUCAUCUGUGGAUUUUGGGCUGUGUGUGUGUAUGUAUACAGUGUAAAUAGCAAAAAAAAAAGGGUGUAAAUAUUCAGAUUUUUCUAAAACACUGGAAUGGUGGAAUGAGGAGUAAGAUGGAUGCAAGUGUCAAUAAAGAGAUCUUUUGUAAAAUGCUGACUCAUUCAUA